AUCAAAAUCCUGUAUCCCAAAAAUCUUCAGCUGAAUUCUCUAUUUAUUUGCCAAACUUUGAACCUCAGUUUUACAUCUCUUCAUCAUCAUAUCUUCUUCCUAUACGGGAGAGAUGUUGCCAGGCAUACUGUUAUGCUCACUUAAUCCCAGGAAUCACAGCAAGAAGAAGAAGAGUGAUAGAGAGAGCUUAGACACUGAUCCCAAGGACAGUGACUACUGGUACUCUGUUCAGUUCAACCGAGAUCCUCCAAGAUUCUCUCUUCGAUCGGAGACCAACAACAACAACAAUCACCGUUCUCGCAGUAGUGAGUUCUGCAAGACGAAGAAGCGAGGAGAAAUGGCGCACAAGGUCUCAAACUUCUCCGAUCUGAUCCACCGAGUCACCGCUUCGUGUUUGCUCCAUCCACUCUCCUCCGGCCGGCAAGAUCUCGCCGCGAACCGCCGCGGAGAGUACGAUUCCGAGGAAGAGGAAGAAGGUGAGAUUCGGUACGAAGACGAGAAUGGUGAAGAAGAAGAAGAAGACAACGAGACGGUUAGGGCUAGUAGGAGCGUUGCGGUGAGCGUGGAGGCGGUUCAGGAGAUGGAGACGGUGAUGGAGGAAGUGUUCACGGCGGCUGGAGCUUUGAAGAGAGCUUACGUGGCGCUUCAGGACGCUCACUCUCCUUGGGAUCCGGAGAAGAUGCACGACGCCGACGUGGCGAUGGUUGCUGAGCUGAGGAGGAUCGGUACUCUUAGAGAGAGAUUCAGGAGGACGAGAGGCGCCGCCGCCGGCGGAGGCCGGAGGAGGAAGAACGACGUCGGAGGGAGAGGAAUGCUGAGAGAAGCGGUGGCGCCGUACGAAGCCGUGGUGAAGGAGCUGAAGAAAGAAGCCAAGGCGAAAGACGCCGAGAUCGAGAAUCUCAAGGAGAAAGUCAAAGCAUUGGUCAACGGUAACGGUAACGGUAACGGAGGCAAGAAACACCGUCUGCUCUCGAGCAGGAAAGUCAACUGCACAACGCAAGUCGCUGUGUCUCCCGUGCCGGAGCUGUUCGAGAUGACGAUGAGUCAGGUGAAAGAAGCGUCAAAGUCAUUCACGGGGAUACUACUGUCUCUGAUGCGAGCCGCGCGUUGGGACAUCGCAGCUGCUGUUCGGUCCAUCGAAGCUGCUUCGGCUGCAUCGGACAGCAUCAUCGUGUCUACAGCUUCCUCUGUUGUUCCCAACGGGCACGCGAAGUUCGCUCUCGAGUCUUACAUCUGUCGAAAAAUCUUCCAAGGGUUCGAUCACGAAACGUUUUACAUGGACGGGAGCUUGUCUUCUCUUAUCAACCCGGACCAGUACCGUCGCGACUGCUUUGCUCAGUUCAAAGACAUGAAGGCGAUGGAUCCCAUGGAGCUGCUCGGGAUCUUGCCGACUUGCCAUUUUGGUAAGUUCUGCUCGAAGAAGUACCUUUCCAUCAUUCACCACAAGAUGGAAGAGUCCUUGUUCGGAGACUCGGAGCAGAGGGAGAUGGUUUUAGCUGGUAACCAUCCGAGAAGUCAGUUCUAUGGAGAGUUUCUGGGGUUGGCCAAAGCGGUGUGGCUGCUUCACCUCUUGGCCUUUUCGCUCGAUCCAUCGCCGAGUCACUUUGAGGCAAACAGAGGAGCCGAGUUUCACUCUCAGUACAUGGAGAGUGUGGUGAGGUUCUCGGAUGGCCGUGUUCCUGCGGGUCAGGUCGUUGGGUUUCCUGUGUGUCCGGGAUUCAAGCUCAGCCAUCAAGGGAAAGGGUCUAUCAUCAAAUCCAGAGUUUACUUGGUUCCAAGGUCGUAAAACUUAUGUUUCAUUGAGUUCAUCACUCUUUGUAGUAAUGUCAUGUUGGUGUGUUGUUAAGAUAAAGCUUAUAGCUUUUGUAAGAAAUAAAGAGACCGUUUAAAAUUGGAUAAGAAUGUUUUCAUUAUUAAUCUAACUGACGAAAGUUCACGUAA